AUGUGGGUUCUGAUGGUUCUGCUCACCCCAAUUUUAGAUGGUGCUGUUCUUUCUCAGCUCCGUGUAUCACUGAUUAACGGUCAGGCCAUAUCGGGGAGAGAAGAGCUUCUUAAAGCAAUCCUCGCGUCGGUUAGCAGCAACAAGCGGCCAUCAUCGCGUACUCAAGUUCUUCAAGGAUUGCUGGAUUGUUGGCAAUCACCUUCGGAUAUUGACGAGGGUGCGAAUGAAACGGCGAAAUUAUACGCGGAUUUGUUAUGGAGGACUCUGUGUCUUCAGACGGCUUAUCAUGCUGCAGCCACGGAAAAACCUUCUGUUGAUUUCAUGCUCUGCUUCUGGCAACUAACCACCGAGGCUUGCAGGCAUGUAUCGUCUAUCCUGGGUGAUCACUUUGAUGGAUUGGCUUCGAAUCUCUUGAGCAUUCAACACCUUACCGAACAGUUGGAGUCAGUCUCUCAGAGGAUCAACAGCCGCUGGAAUUCAGAGUCACCCAAUGAAACUGAUGACGAUACUGACAUGGACCAUCACAGCAAGGCGGUCAUUGAAGACUUUAACCACCUCGUGGCUCUUCUUUUUCGAAGCUUCGAAGCAGUUGGAUCUGUUACAGCACGCAUGGGCUCUCAUUAUGCGACUAUCAACCUGGCCUGGAAGACAGUUGUUUCUAUUCUUGCAACUAUGGCCCGGAUUUUCCCUUCUCCACCGCCACGUUCGUUGCAGCAGCAGGCCCCUAAACAUGAGAGUAACUACGACAGCGGACCUGGUGAAAUAGAUGAAGUGGAUUUGCCACCAUGGAGCCGUGAAGAUGUGGUGCAUGCAAUCAGCAUGCUGUUCCAGCAUACGACACGUGGUCUUGUCCUGGGAGCAGAGGCUGGAAGGCAGAUGCUGGACGAGUUCAAUGCAAGGCUUGGGAAGCAUCCAAGCAGGGAGAAGAAGAAAGCGCAUGAAGAGGUUUGUGUUGGGGAGGUUGACAACAGGUCAGAGGGAGAUGAGGCGUACAGAGUUGAGGUGGAGAAGUUAAGUAAGAACCUUCAGCGAGUCUUCAUGCUGACGAAGUUCUUCCAGAAUAACGCCAUUCGCGUGGCACUUCUUUACCCAGCAGAGGCAUGUGAUCCAGCCGCUUCAGAAGACAUGGCUGGCCUGCUGUUCGCCUAUGCAGGUCUCCUUCAUUACGGUGAUGGAGAUGGGAGACGUGUGGAAGGCAGUGUGCAAAAGGGGGGCGGUUUGAAGUGGCCAGUCUCGUUUCUGGUUGCAGAAGCUGUGGCGCAGAUGCUGGGUCCUACAAUGUUUGGGCUUGUUCACAACAUCCUGAAUUCGGAGAAAGUCUCUGAGAGUGCCAAGUCCAACCUUAUCCUCCAGAUUCUCCCUGCAGCUGGAUCCCGAGGGCCACCGCAGACGAAUAUGAUUUGGAGGGUGGUUUCAUCUGCAGGCUUUAAUGCCGAGGGUUCAACAAGGGGGGGGAGCAGUUAUCAAUCAGCACGAAACAACUUGAUUGGUCUGGAGGUGCACAGCCCAGAAAUGGCUGAGUGGCAGUCGUGUGGGAGGUUGGUGACUGCCACCACAGUCCUGGAAGGCGCCGCUUCGUACAGCGAUCAAGUGAUGUGUUUGGUGACGAAUAGCCUGCGUAAUCUCAUCACCCUUGCAGCAGACCAGCAUUCCUACAUCCCAGUGCUUUCCCGAGUCAUCUGGCCAUUUUCAAACCAGCAGAAGGAGGGAACUGACAAGGUGGGGUCAGCGGCAGCAGGAAGGACAACGAGGCAGGUGGUCCUGUUUUCACAACUAACUCGUGGACUCAAGGUCCUUGGGGCUGCCAUUGGCACCAGAGUUACCAGUUCGUGUGAUCCUGCUUCCAGAGAUGUGGAACAAAAGAUGCUGGGGACUUUGGCGCUUUGGGAAGAGCUUGAAGCCUUUCUCUUUCAAAAUGCAGUGCACCAGCAUCCCAUCUGUGCAGAGCUUGCUCGGGACACGUGGUGCUUCCUCAUUCGACAUUCAGACCCUCAGCUUGCAAGAAGACACGCAGAGCUGCUGCUUCGCUCUGUUCAGGCCUCUUUGCAAACUGCUGUGAAGAAUGAAUCCAAGCCUCAAGCCAACGGUUGGAGAGGAAACAGUGCUGCAGGACUGUUGGCCAUUGUGACUGGGGUGGAGGAGCGGCUAGUCUGUGCAACGGUUGAUGUUCUCAUGGCAUGCCCAGAUGCGACUGUAUCGGAUGUCUUCCUCAAGCCGUUUGUCCGGCACAUCAACUCAUCGUUUUCAAAGUUUUCAUCUUCAGCAGGAACUGUCAGUGCAGCUUCACAACACAGCCGCGCUGUAACUUCCUGUCCCCCCAAAUCUCUCAAGCCGGAAAUUGCGUCUGUUAUGGCUUUCUCUCUUCUUUUGGAUCGUGGAGUGGCAGCAGGGAUCCACAGACGCCAGCCAGCUGCUCUCCUCCCAGUUGCUCGUGCAUGCUUUGGUGCUGCACGUGCGGCAACUGCUAAUAUCAUGGCAAAUGCAUCCCAGGACGUUCCAUGGGAGCAGGUGGCUCUGCUUGGAAGCAUGCUGACAAGCAUCACGGCUGUGCUCCGUGAGAGGGCUGAAUCUUCCAUGACUGGCACCAGUGGGCUUCCCGCUGUCUUCCCGAACACGAAGGACCUGGUCAAGUUAGCUGCAGAUGCCGCAACUCUGCAUGUUCCAACUGAUAUGGUCAAUGGCAGGCAUGGCCAACUCCCUGGCUCCGGAAGCAAUCAGAGCAGGGUCCCCUACUCAGAUACCCCCAUGAUCGAUCUGGACCGCUGUACCAAGGAGAAGCUGAGUGAUGGAACACAGCAGCCAUUGCUUGCAAGGGCUGCCCGGUUACUUGCUGCUGUGAGCAGAACCUCAGAUGGACUCAGUGCGGUUGAUGUGGAACCAGUCCUCCAUGCGAUGCUGCAGGUGCUUAAACAAGUACAUACCCAAGAUGGUGGACCUUUCGGGGAGUUGUGGAGUGGGGCAAGAAUGCUGGCGGAAGAGGUGGCUGCUGCUGCUGCCGCGCUUCUUUCCCAGCUCUUUGCAAGCCCCUGGACCCAGCAAAAGCUGAUCCACAAGCCGGUCGCUUUGGAGCUGCUUCACACUUUGCUCUCCUCUCACAACCUUCCAGCAGCUUACUCAUCUCUCUCUACCCUGCUUAUCAGCAGCUCCGCAGCUCGCCAGCAGGACCAGGCUGCGAAAAAGUCCUCUGGCGGGUUUGAAGGGAGCAUUUACCUUCACCACUCCGACGUCGGGAGGCAGGUCAACUCCGCUGCUCUGAGCGUCGGCCUCAUCCACGCGUUGCAGGUGCUGCGUCCAGGCGUGGGUUACUUCCGCCCCAUUGACCAGACGUCCCACGGUGGUAACCGCGUGGACCUGAUGAAGAAGGUGUUUCACAUUCAGACGCCCGCAGAGGACAUGUUCGCGCUCACCCAGGACCAGGCCUACUCGCUGCUGGCUGCGGAUAAGAUCGACGAUCUGCUUGAAGCGGUCAUCUCAGCGUAUGAGCGCCACAAGAGGUAUCACGACUUUGUGGUGGUCGAGGGCACGUCCAUGCGGGAUGGGUCCAACACGUCGCCCAUCAACGGGCUCAUUGCGUCCGCCCUCGAGUCCCCCGCGCUGCUCCUCACUGACUGCAUCGCCGCCUCCCACCACCACCCCAAGCACCACGAGGCGGGGGGCCGGUUUGAGGCGUGGGAUUUUGAGAAGGAGGCGGCGAGCUGCAUCUUGGACCAUGCGCGCAUCAUGAGGCAGAGCAGCGUCGACAUCGCCGGCGCGCUGCUCUACCGCACGCCCAGGACCUCCAGGGGAACGACCAGGCUCAGGCAGUACAUUACUGAAGCUGGAAUUCCGUUCCUGGGCGCUCUCCCUGCUGACAAAUCCCUCGAGUCCUUUCAGGUGGAGGACGUGAGGAGGGUGCUGCACGCGCAGGUGCUGUACGGAGAGGACACCCCCCACGCGGCCAACAGCAUGGCCACUGAGAUCACCAAAACCAUGGUGGCAACGCUGCACCUCGCUGAGAUCCUCACGCUCAUCCCGCCCUCCGACGACCCUGCUAGGGGCGCCCUCGUUAUCGCGCACGCCAGCCGCCCGGAUAUUCUCCUGGGGAUGAUCGACCUGCAUGAGACGCACCUGAUGGACGAGCUGAUCCGGACCCGUCCCACGCGAGUGUCCCUCCCGGUGCUGCUGGCCCCCAAGGCCACCUACGACACGUGCCUGGAGCUCGCUAAGGCUGAUUCCGAGCUGCAUGCCACCUCCACCAGGAAGAUUGAAAGGGCUGAGGUCAUGUUUCACGAGCAUGUCGACAUGCGGGUGCUCAACCAGGUGCUAUUCAAGGAGCGCCCUCUCCGCAUGAACCCAAAGCUCUUCCAGCACGGCAUCUUUGAGAAGGCCCGAGCCGCCCAGUCCCACGUGGUGCUGCCAGAGGGAGCAGAGCCACGCACGGUGCAGGCAGCAGGGGAGGUGCUGCGGCGUUCCUUGUGCCAGCUGACCCUGGUGGGCAAGCCAGACCUCAUCCUCACCCAGGCCAAGCAGCUUCGGGUGGACCUCACCGGAGCUAACAUCGUCAACCCAGCCUCGGCGCCGAACCUGGAGACCUACGUGGACAUUCUCUAUGAGGCUCGGAAGUCCAAGGGUAUGACCCGAGCAGAGGCACAGGAGGUGCUGAUCACGGACGCCAACUACUUUGGCACAGCUAUGGUGGCAGCAGGGGACGCUGAUGGCAUGGUGUCUGGAGCUAUUCACACCACCGCCAACACUGUGCGACCUGCCCUGCAGAUCAUCAAGACCCUUCCAGAGACCCCCAUCGUCUCGUCAGUCUUCUUCAUGUGUCUGCCCGACAAGGUUCUCGUGUACGGUGAUUGCGCCAUCAACACCAAUCCAACGGCUGAGGAGCUUGCGAUGAUCGCCAUGUCAUCGGCUGACACGGCAGCAGCCUUUGGCGUGGAGCCACGUGUUGCCCUGCUGUCGUAUGCCACUGGGGACUCAAACACAGGCCCGCUGAUUCAGAAGGUAGCAGAUGCAACGGCAAUUGUGCAUGAGCGCAGGCCAGACCUCAUGGCGGAGGGGCCGCUGCAGUACGACGCUGCUGUGAACAUGGAGACAGCUAAGACGAAGCUCAAGGGGCGGACGUCUGAAGUUGCAGGACAGGCAUCGGUGCUCAUCUUCCCUGAUCUCAACACGGGCAACAACACGUACAAGGCAGUGCAGCAGUCCACGGGAGCGGUGGCAAUGGGACCGGUGCUGCAGGGGCUUAGGAGACCUGUGAACGAUUUGAGCCGGGGGUGCACUGUGAAGGAUAUAGUCACCACCACUGCAAUCACGGGCGUGCAAGCUGCUGCCAUGAAGACCAGUAGCAUCAGGCAGGGCGGUGCGGCAUAA